AUGAUUGGUCAACUGUACGAAUAUCAGUUACUUAUCUACGUACGAGUACGCAUGCACUAUAUUAAUUUUGGUCAUCCAAUGAUGAAUGCGGCGAAUAACGCCAUAUUUCGAAUUUUUGAUGAUACCUGCAAUAAUUUCCAAUCACCACAAAACGGUCCUGCUUUUUCUACCGUAUAUUCACCUGAAACCACCACGAUGCGACAACAGAAUCAAUGUGUCAACAUAUAUGUUUCUUAUCAACUUUUACCGUUUGGGCUCAAUUUCAAGAUGAGAAUUCGAAUCAGUACAUUUUAUUUGCAUUGCAGCACACGACCAAUGACACGAGAAAUGUCACAUUCAAUGCUUUCAUCAGGUAUACAGGUUGGGACACAUGUGACAAAUGAUUCAAAUGUCUUUGCUGAUGUAAUGGGACCAAUUUCUGAGUCACGAUAUGGCCAAGAUAACAGUUCUAAACAACCAAGAAUGUGCAUUAUAUGA